UUGAUGGUGUUGGUGUUGGCGUUCUUUGCUGUUCUUUGCUGAACGUUUUUACUAAUUUCUAUCUAAAUGUGAAAAGAUGGUGACAAUUAAUGUACGCUGUACCAAUUAGGUUUUAUUGUUCAAGAGUUGUUUGCAUUUACAACGUUUAUCAGGUUGAUUCUUUGGAUGUAAACUUCAGCCUCAGCCAAGAUUUCUUUCCAAAAAAUGCAGGGGGACGACCCUCCAUUCUUGCCAGUUGGUACUGAUGUCAGUGCCAAGUACAAGGGUGCCUUUUGUGAGGCCAAGGUUAAAAAAGUGGUUCGGAAUAUCAAAUGUAAGGUUUCAUUAAAAGCAGGGGGUGGAAGCCUUACAGUGAAUGAUGACGUCAUCAAAGGCACCCUGAGGGUCGGCAGCACAGUGGAGGUGAAACAGGACCCCAAAAAGGACGCAAUGGAAGCCGUCAUCACUAAAAUACAAGACUGCAGCCAGUAUACUGUUGUUUUUGAUGACGGCGAUAUAACGACGUUACGGCGGUCUGCGUUAUGCUUGAAGAGUGGUCGGCACUUCAACGAGAGUGAAACUCUGGAUCAGUUGCCUCUCACUCAUCCAGAGCAUUUCUCCACGCCUGUCAUAGCUGGCCGGCGUGGACGGAGAGGCAGAGCACAGUCGGACGAAAGUGAGGGCGAAGGCCCGACGCGGCGCGUGAAGGCCGACAGCGCCGAGCGGGAGCCGCACGUGGGCCGCGUAGUGUUAGUGGAGGCGGCGGGCGGGGCGGAGCGCCGGCGCCCGCACCAGCCGGCCUUUCCUGCGCUCGUUGUAGCGCCCACCGCGCAGAUCAAGGUCAAGGAGGACUACCUGGUGCGCUCCUUCAAGGAUGGCCGAUACUACACGGUGCCCAAGAAGGAGGCGCGCGAGUUCCGCAAGGGCAGCGCGCCGCUGGAGUGGGCGGGCGUGGAGGCGGCGCUGCAGUACCUCAACAACGGCGUGCUGCCGCCGCACUGGGACCGCGACACGCUGUUCAACGAGCCCCGGAACACCUCCGAUGACAGUUCUGACGACGAGCCCCGCGAAGAGAAGGACCACUUCGUGGCGCAACUAUACAAGUUCAUGGACGACCGCGGCACGCCGCUCAACAGGAACCCCACUAUAGCCAACAGGGACAUCGAUCUGUAUAGAUUGUUCAGGGUUGUGCAAAAGCUUGGUGGAUACAACAGAGUGACAAAUCAGAAUCAGUGGAAGACGAUAGCUGAUAAGAUGGGCUUCCAUCCAGUCACAACAAGUAUCACCAAUCUUUGCAAGCAGGCUUAUAAAAAGUUCCUGCACAGCUUCGAAGACUUCUACCGCAAGCUGGGCGUGACGCUCGUGGCGCACCCGCGCGGCGCGCGCACGCCGCCCGCCGGCCGCUCGCUCAUCCGCGACCGCGACAAGCAGCCGCCCUCCUCGUCCGCAUGCUCCACGCCCACCGGCACGCCCACACAACAACGUGGAAAAGAUAAAGACUCAGAUAAGAGCGAAACAGAGAAGAGUGACAAAAGUGAAAAGGAAGAUAAAGUAGACAAGGUAGAAAAAGAAAAAGUGCCGAAAGAGAAACCACGCAUCAGUGAUAACGAGGAUAGCGCCGAUAACCAACCACUUGUGACAACUACACCUAAGGUCGAAAAAGAAAAGGAAAAAGAGAGAGAAAAAGAAAAGGAGAAGGAAAAAGAGAGAGAAAAGGAAAAGGAGAGAGAAAGAGAGCUUGAGAAAGAGAAGGAAAAGGAAAAAGAGAAAGAAAAAGAUAAGGACAAAGAGAAAGAAAAAGAAAAGGAGAAAGAGAAAGACAAGGGUUCCACCACCAGCGAAGAGAAAGCUCCCGUGGUCAAAUCGCGCUCUCAGUCGAAGACACGCAGCAUGCUGCCUGUCAAGCUUGACUCGCACGAUAAGAGGACGCCCAAGCGAAGGCCUCUGUCUUCUAAAACAGGCGAGAGCACAGGCGCGGCCAUAUCGCGGGCGUCGCGCCGACCACACGUCUCCACAGACAGCGACAGCUCGGGACGAGCCUCAAGAUGCGGGCCGACGAAGAUGAAGAUGCAAAGCCGCCGCAGCCAGAGCGCUAACUCGGCCAGCAGUGGCAACACCAUCGCUUCGAAUAGCAGUAAACGCCCGCGCAAGAGGAAGAACACCGAGCCGUCGUCAAAUGAGCCGACUCGUUCUGGUGGAACCAAUGUGAAAGCACAAGUGGGAGACAAACUAAAAGUAUACUAUGGACCGACGCAGUCUGAAUCUAAGGUGACGUACGAGGCGAAGGUGAUCGAGGUGUCGCCGGAGGGCAUGCUGCGAGUGCACUAUACCGGCUGGAACACGCGCUACGACGAGUGGAUCAAGCCGCAGCGCAUCGCGCUCAAUGUCACGCAGCACGAGGCCCGGAAUAAGAAGAAUACCAGUAUCAGCAGACGCGUGAGAUCUAAAAGAACUGAAGAAUCUUCAGCACGAUCCGACACUGACAGUGACUCGGAUAGUGACGCAAGCGUCAAAAGGCCGCCUAAAAAAUCUUCGGAUGACAAAGGUGGUUCAAAAACUCCAUCCCGAUCUAAAGAUGCAAAAUCGAGUGACAGCAGUAGUUCAAGUAAACCCCGCAAGAGGCCUGUGAGGACAAUAUCAACUCCUACGUCGGUUUCACCCGCGAAGAAACCUCGGCCAUCGACUAGCCACCAGGGUCGGGACUAUGAUCUAAACGAAAUAAGAUCAGAGUUAAAAGGCUUGCACUCGGUCAAGCAGGAACCUGAAGAACUGAAGCCAGAACAGUCCGACAAAGACCCGCUCGUCCCAGCUCAAGCAGCCGGCCCCUCCGCUGAUCCCCCGCAACCUGAGAAGCAACCGGAAGACGUUUAUGAAUUCAAAGAGCCCGAACCGUUCGAACUGGAAUUGCACGAUGAGAAAAAGAAACGCACACAUCGCAUAUUUGACGACAUUUCUCCCAGCAAAUACACUUCAACGUUAUCUAAAUCGCUCAGCGAGGAGAUAUCCGAGGACCCCAUGAGGCCGCGGCCGUCGUCGCUGCGGUCGCCGUCUUUGUCGCCGUUCAGGGACUUUGGCGCGACGCGGGACGCGCCGGGCAGACAAAGUCCCGAGGAUGACUCCAAAGACGGCCUGUUCUCUCUUGACGACGAUUCGUUCCCCGGCGACGGUAGCUCGGGUCCUAUCUUCGAAGGAUUCACGCCAGCCAAAAACCAGGAAACGUAUUCCAAAAAGAGCAAAGUGUCAAAACUGAGGGAACUCAUAGACGAUUCUCCUGAUAGUCCAGCAGAUGACGAGCAAUCUUCUGAAGACGAAUCUGAAGAUAUCACGAUGAAGGAGGAAGAUGAAGAAGAUGAUCGUGAGCCGAGCCCCAUUGCGCCUGAAAUGGAGCCUCCUAAGACACCGGAGCCAGAAGUGCAAGAAGAAAUCAAAGAACCAGAGCCCGAACCGAUAAAGCCAGAAGUGAAAGAAGUUACUCCUGAGCCUAAAGAAGAGGUUAAGGAAGACAAAUUGCCAGAACCACAAAAAACUCCGCCAAUGAAAAAACUGGAACUUCCCAGCAUAAAUAUCAUACCCAUUUCAAAUGUAGACAGCAAUCCUUCAACGGAACCUAAAGUUAUUAAAGUUGAAAAGGAGGAACCUAAAAAAGAAGAUCCAAUAAAACUUCUUUCAAUACCACUACCGCAAUCGGAGCCCCCAAAAGACAGUAUCAGUCCCAAGUUGAAGAUUGAAAAGAAAUUAGACCCAGAACCAACUGUGGGUCCUUCGAAACUGGAGCCUCCUUCCAGCCCUCUCAUAGACACGGAGGAGGACAAAUCCGAGCCCGAUAGUCCUGCCCGUAUCGACGUCUUACCUGAACCGCCACCCGCAUUCCUGUUGCAAUCUGAAGGCCCUAAGAUCGCCGAGAAACUCCUCAAGGCGAUCAAUAGCGCUAAAAGGUUGUCCAUGUCGCCGCCACCGGUUGAGGACCGCCCGCUCACGCCGAAGGACGUGUUAAAACUGUCGAAGCCUGAGGGCAAACUAUCGCCCGUCGCGCCCGAACUUAAGACUGCUGCGAACAAGCCGCCAGAACCGCUGAAGCCCUUGGCUAGGGUCGACCCUCUUAAGAAGUUCGGUGCGACGGAGUUACCCGAUCCCGUGUUCGGCGAGCCGUCGAACAUGACCGACGCGAAGCGAGACUUGGCGGACGUGAAGAAGGUGAAGCCGAAGGAGCCGACGCCUCCGCGGCUUCAGAGCCCGCUGAAUUUGCUCGAGCGUCGGAAGAGCGUCUGCGUCGACCCGCCCCAGGCCAAGACCAGCAAAGUGCUGAGUGACACGAUACAGAAGUUGUCGAGCCAGAUCAACCAGUCGGCGGCGACGGUCGCAGCCACCAUCCCGCUGCCGCCGUUCCCGGCUGAAGACAGGAGCGAGUCGAGUGAUUCUGACGAUUCGGAUAGGAGCUUUUUCAGGUUAAUAAUUGACAAGCUAUCGGUAGAGGAGUGGGGAAGCGGGGGUAGCUCGGAGGCCUCCCGCGGGAAUACCGGCGGGACGGCGGCGGCGAGCGUCAUUCCGGCGCCGCCGCCUGCUCUCGCGGCGGUGGCGCGCACUGCGCUGCACGCCGGUAAAUCGCCGGGCGAAUGGAGCGCCGGCGAGUCACUGCUCAUGCUCGAAGACGCCUGCAAGAACGAACGCAAGCACAGCGCGAACGUGGUGGUGGCGGGCAGCGGGCGCGUGGCGCCGGGCCCCAGCGCCGCGCCCGAGGACGACAGCAACCUGUCGCUGCUGCUGUGCGAGGAGACCAUCCCCGGCUCGCCCGCGCCCGACAGCGAGCCCGCGCCGCCGCGCCAGCGCCUCCACAUGCCCUUCGCGUGCGCGCCGCCGCACCACUCGCACUCCAAGGGUAACUGCAGCCUCCCGGACCACAGCGACCUGUCGCUGCUGCUGUGCGAGGAGACCAUCCCCGGCUCGCCCGCGCCCGACAGCGAGCCCGCGCCGCCGCGCCAGCGCCUCCACAUGCCCUUCGCGUGCGCGCCGCCGCACCACUCGCACUCCAAGGGUAACUGCAGCCUCCCGGACCACAGCGACCUGUCGCUGCUGCUGUGCGAGGAGACCAUCCCCGGCUCGCCCGCGCCCGACAGCGAGCCCGCGCCGCCGCGCCAGCGCCUCCACAUGCCCUUCGCGUGCGCGCCGCCGCACCACUCGCACUCCAAGGGUAACUGCAGCCUCCCGGACCACAGCGACCUGUCGCUGCUGCUGUGCGAGGAGACCAUCCCCGGCUCGCCCGCGCCCGACAGCGAGCCCGCGCCGCCGCGCCAGCGCCUCCACAUGCCCUUCGCGUGCGCGCCGCCGCACCACUCGCACUCCAAGGAAGAAAGGCGUGCGGAAGGCGCGGCGGGCUUAGGCUCGGGCGCGGGCGCGGCGGCGGGCGCGGACGCGGGCGCGGGCGCGGCGGACGGCGCGGGCUGGGCGCGGCGCCACGCGCUCGUCGACAACACGCCGCCCACCACGCCCGACAGCAGCCUCGAUAUGUCGCCACACAGAGAACGUCGUAUGUCAGAGCGUGAUAGCCCCUCGGAGCGUAAGGAAGAUGAAGAUGAAGGAAGGCCCAAUGAUAUUUCCCUGGAUAUAGAUAAACCACACGGCGUGCGCUCGCGCAAGGCGUCUGAGAGCUCGCUAGGCGCGGGCGCCGGCGCCGCGACGGGCCGCACGCGCGCGCGCCGCUCCCGCCGCGACACCGACGACCACGCGCCCGGCUCCCACCACACGCCGCUCAAGUACAACUUCUACGUGGACCUGGGUGAGUUACUGCCUUGGGUAGCUUCAAACACUACGCAAGGCGUCUGAGAGCUCGCUGGGCGCGGGCGCCGGCGCCGCGACACCGACGACCACGCGCCCGGCUCCCACCACACGCCGCUCAAGUACAACUUCUAUGUCGACCUGGGUGAGUUACUUGCCUUGGGUAACUUCAAAUACUACGCAAGGCAUCUGAGAGCUCGCUGGGCCGCGCACACCGCUCCAGCCGCGACACCGACGACCACGCGCCCGGCUCCCACCACACGCCGCUCAAGUACAACUUCUACGUGGACCUGGGUGAGUUACUGCCUUGGGUAGCUUCAAACACUACGCAAGGCGUCUGAGAGCUCGCUGGGCGCGGGCGCCGGCGCCGCGACACCGACGACCACGCGCCCGGCUCCCACCACACGCCGCUCAAGUACAACUUCUAUGUCGACCUGGGUGAGUUACUUGCCUUGGGUAACUUCAAAUACUACGCAAGGCAUCUGAGAGCUCGCUGGGCCGCGCACACCGCUCCAGCCGCGACACCGACGACCACGCGCCCGGCUCCCACCACACGCCGCUCAAGUACAACUUCUACGUGGACCUGGGUGAGUUACUGCCUUGGGUAGCUUCAAACACUACGCAAGGCGUCUGAGAGCUCGCUGGGCGCGGGCGCCGGCGCCGCGACACCGACGACCACGCGCCCGGCUCCCACCACACGCCGCUCAAGUACAACUUCUACGUGGACCUGGAUCCUUCGUGGGACUGCCCGACGCGCAUCAACGUACUGACGUCACGGCUGGCGGACCUGCGCAAAGCAUACCAUUCCGUCAAGGCCGAGCUCGCGGCCAUCGACCGCCGCCGCAAGAAGCUGCGACGCAAGGAGAGAGAAGCUGUAAAGGCAGCAAAGGCUGCGUGCUCAUGAUGAAGGCUGUAUUAAGCCCACUACCAAGACAUGCUGGAUCUCAGGAGCGUUACUUCAGUCGUUUAUUCGUUUUAGAAUAAAUAGACGGUCCGCACAAAUACAAAGUGUAAGGAAAAGGUUACCAAAACGGGAAAAGUGAAUACAGACCAUUAUAAACUAACUUUAUCGAAUUUAAUAUCUCGGGAUUAUUUUUAUUCUCUUUCAAUGUAUGUAUAAUGAUACUGUAUUCGCAGUGCCUAAAUGGAUUAGAGUACGUAAUUUAUCAGAUUGGAAUUACAUAUUAGUGUAUUGUUCCGAAAUAUACUCCGUGUUUGCAUAGUCGAUGUUGUUGUACUUCAAAAAUAUUAAUAAGCAUGGUUUACCACAGUUACAUCAUUUGGCCAACCUAUCCCCUACACCCUGUAUAAGAGAUCGUAUACGUGCUGUGAUUUAGUGCUCCAUUGUGAAUGAAUAAGACGUUAUAAAUAAGAAUGAAUAAAUUGGUGUGAUAAAGUGGGUGAUCUACGAACUUUUGUGGGUGACUACUGACUUAAUUAUAUCACUGUGUUGUUGAAUGAAAUUAACUUUUGGUUGCACGGUGCAUCGGUGUUUUAAAAAUAUAUCGCCUAUAAUUUUUGCAAUAGGCAAUUCAAUGAUUGUUAUCUGUUUAUACAUAAUGUAUCAAUGUCGAACUAGUUUCUAAGGAUUAUAAAGUUGAAAAUAUUAUGCUUG